AUGAGGCCUACUAGUUUCAAGCAUCCUCAAUCUUGUUCCUUUCUUUCAUGGUUUCUAUUCCUUUUGAGUAUUAUUGGAAACUCAGUUGGGAGCAGCAUCUGCAUAGAGAAGGAGAGACGAGCACUUUUGAGCUUCAUGCACAACAUUUCCGACCCUAAUAACCUUCUUUCUUCAUGGACCGAUGGAGAUAAAGACUGUUGUAAAUGGGAAGGAGUUGGUUGUGACAAUAGAACCGGGCAUGUGGUUGCGGUUGAUUUGGGGCCUGACGCCAUGUGCAUAAAUGAAGCAUCAUGCACUCCAGACUUGGAUUGUGACAUCAACCCUGCUUUACAAGGUGAUAUCGCCCCUUCCUUGCUUGAUUUACCAUUUCUAAAUUACUUGGAUCUUAGCUGCAAUCAAUUUGAAAGAAUUCCAAGGUUCAUUGGUUCUCUAAGCAAGUUCCUACAAGAUCUCUCUCUAGGCGGAGGAAACCUGACUUCUCCAAUACUAAAUCUGUGGCUGAAUGAAAGUUCCGACAUGAUUCAACUAAGCCUUCCUAGCACCAAAUUAUAUGGUGUGGUUCCAAAUGUUUUGAACAAAAUGCACUCCCUGGAAUAUCUUGAUCUCUCCUUUAAUUAUCUAGAAGGUUCUGAGAAAAUGAUAGAAGAAUUGAAGUUGUGGAGAAACAAAAUUGUUGGAUCAUUGAAUGAUAUCAAAAAAUAUUGUUCCCUAAGAACAUUACAUUUGGCUGACAAUGAACUUUCUGGUUCACUGCCUGACAUGUCAACAAUGCUAUCCAUGAAAUUAUUAUUCAUUAGCAACAACCGAUUGGUUGGGAAUUUAAUGGGAAGUAAUAUUGGUCACCUGUCCCAUCUCAUUGGACUAGAUGUUUCUUCAAAUUUUCUAGAAGAAACCAUCGAUGAAACCCAGUUUUCUAACUUUAGCAAAUUGAGGUGGCUUCAGACACAGGCGAACCUAGAAUUCCUUGAUAUCUCAAAUAAUGGAAUUUCAGAUUUCAUUCCUCAUUGGAUUUCCAACUUUACCUACGUACGGGGUUUGAAUAUCUCUCAAAAUUUUCUUCAAGGUUUCUUACCUAAUCUGUACAGAUCAACAUAUGCUGUUAUAGACUUCAGCAACAACAUGCUUGAAGAUACAUUCAAGCUUGCUGGGUAUCUUGACCUUUCCAACAAUCACUUUUCAGGAAAUAUUCCGGAAUGUUUGGGGCAAUAUGCCGGAAAUUUCCUAAGCUCUUUUGUUUGGAGAGUUGCCCUUGUCUUUGAAAAAUUGCACUUCAUUGAGAUUUUAGAUCUUGGAGAGAAUGGAUUAAGUGGGGGUAUUCCUGAAUGGAUUGGGGAAAGCUUAAUAGAGUUGAAGGUCCUUUACCUGCAUUCAAAUGAACUAAAUGGAUCCAUCCCACUUAGUAUCUGCCAACUUCAAUCCAUUCGAAUCUUAGAUCUAUCUUUGAACAACUUAUCUGGAUCCAUUCCAACUUGCUUCAGUAAUUACAGUGCUGCAAUGUCUAAAAUAUCAGAUCAAUGGUUUCUAAUUGAAGCAAAGUUCGGAUAUAUUACCUUUAAUGGCAUAUAUGCUCUCUUCAACAUCUACUUUGAUUAUGAAUUGAUUAUGUGGAAAGGAAAAGAAGCCGAGUAUGAAAAAAAUCUUAGAUUCUUGAAAGUCAUUGAUUUGUCAAGCAACAAACUAGUGGGGAAAUUCCCAGUAGAUUUAACAAAUCUAUAUGGGCUAAAUUCACUAAACCUAUCAAGAAACUAUCUAUUUGGAUCAAUCCCAAACGAGAUUGGUCAGAUGAGGUUGCUAGAAAAUCUGGACUUGUCAAACAACCAACUUUCCGGAGCAAUACCAGUGAGCAUGGCUGGUUUAUCAUUCCUUGCUUACUUGAACUUGUCAAAUAAUAAUUUCUCCGGUUGCAUUCCACUCGGCACUCAGUUACAAAGCUUCAAUGAGGCUAAUUAUCAAGGGAAUCCAAAGUUAAGUGGACCUCCACUUACAACCAAAUGUCAAAGAGAUGAACAUGGAAAUGCUCCACAGUCAGAAGGAAUUGAAGAAACUAAAGAAGAUGAAAAUUGGAUUAUUCGGGACUUUGGCUUCUUUGUGAGUAUGAUACUUGGAUUCAUUCUUGGAUUUUGGGGAGUGUGGGGGACGUUAAUAUUCAAACGUUCUUGGAGACAUGUGUAUUUUCAGUUUUUAGAAGACAAAAUACACAAUAUUUACAUUGACAUUGUAUUCUUUGGAGCGAAAUUGAAGAGGAGCAUGGGAACCAGAUUGAAGUAA